AUGCAAACAUCCGAAACCGGCGCCUGUUCAUUUUGUUCUCCUCCUCUCUCUCUCUUCGUUCCCGUCGACCUCUGGCGAUCCCACAGCCAACCCCCAUGGUGCCAAGCUGAAUCCGGCCAUCACACCCUGACGAGUGCGGGUCGGGAGGCUGGAUCUCCGUGUGGUGGCUUACGCGCGUUUGUUUGGGAAGUGCAGAUCCAGGCCAUGAACUGCACGCCGCUGGGGAUCUUGGGUAACGCCAGGGUGCUGGGAAAUUGCAGCAGCUCUUUUUCAUGCAUAUUUGUCACAAUGCCGAGAGGACAGAAGCAGAAACAGCGCCCCCCUUCUUCUCAUACGGCGGCACAGGGCUUCGCCUGCUAGGCUUGUCAAGCUGUACAAAACCAUGUCUUCUAAUCAGAUGAGAUGAAGAUGAUAUGUGAUGUGGAAUUCGGCGGGCUGCUGAAGAUCUCUUGCGAAACAAUGCAACGGAUCUCGCUAACUGGCUUUUCUUUGACUGUUUUGAUGCUGAGUCCUCAGAGCUUGUGCUUCAUGGAAGGGGUAGGAUCUCUGUUACAGCAGAAGCUGUCGCUGACAUACUGGACUUACCAAACAAGGGCGGCGAAGUGAAAUACGAGCUUGAUUUGGAAGCUAUUAACUUUAUACUCUGUACAAAAUUGUCCAUGGCACAGCACCCAAAAUUGAAGCAAUUAUGGAAAGGGUGUGAAGGAAAAUAACAUUGAAAUAAGGAUUUCCUGAGAUCAUGGCUGAUGAUUGUUGUAUCCAC